AUGGCGCAAUCUCCCACAGGGACCUUUGGCCGCCAUCGCCGCUUUAGUCCUGCGGACCCUUUCUGGGUGGACUCGACCUGGCGCACGCCGCCGAAGCCACCGCCGAAGGAUGCACCCCCCCGGCAGGAGUCCCCUCCACCCAUUGGUUCAAGCCGGGAGAAGGGCAAGAAAACGGAGCCGCUGAAGAUGGCGCCAGUCAAAGAGCUGGUUCCCGACGCCAUUCGCGAGAAGGUCGUGCAGCUGGCAGGGGAUCAGCUGAGUCUCAGCAAGGACUGCCGCGGUGUGGUGGUCAUCGAGAUGCUCUGGGGUGCCAGUCAGUACCUGCCCGCCCACGAUGGGGGGAAGUACAAAUCGACGGCCAACAAGUUGCAGGACUUCCUGAGCAAGAAGCAGGUGAUGGUCACCCACUUCCAAACUCCUGAUGAAUUCAAGCAGGGUCAGGGCAUCUUCGAUCGCUACUCCGAGGUGGAGCGGAAGGCCGGUUUGGCGGCUUCCAACACUUCGCAUACUUUGGCCGUGCCGAGCAGGCUCGGCGCCUUUGAGGUCCAUUGCGUCCAGGGAUCUUGGGACCCUGACCGCUGUUGCCCGGCGCCGCUGAAGCACCCGGCCGACCGACAUAGAGGGCCCCCCGUGAACACGGUCAACGGCAUGUGGUGUGCCGCCUGCGCAGCCGAGUUGCAGGGCCAAGGGCGAGGCCUCGUCGCCUCGACCAAGGAUGCCGAGGCAUCGCAGCAUACGCUGCUCCACUCGAAGCUCUGGACGCGGCACUGGCCUGGAAGAGGACUCCUAUGGAGGAUUGGCAACGUCAUGAUUCCUCCGCCGCCUCUUCAUCCCCAGCCGGUGGUCCUGGAGGUGCUCGUGGACGAGCCACAGAUGAUUUUCAAAGCCCUGGCUUCCCGGGACCUCGAGGUGAAGCGCAAGCCGCCCCCGGAGGAUCCGGCGGUGAUUCUGCAGAAGUCCUUAGCGGAGCUCGACUGUCCGGCGCAGCGAGGAUGGUAUGUCAAUGCGCAGGAAGGGGAUGCGAUCCUGUGUCGCUGCGGAGGUGGCUCCCACACGCUCGCCACUGGGACCGUUCUCCAGCAGCUUGUGAGCCUGGGCUUCAACAAGCAGUCCUUCGAGGCUUACCUCGCCCAAAACAAGAGCGCGUGGAAUGGCCUGGACGUGAACUCCUUCCUGCAGGAGUACAUGAAUACAGAGGGCCGAGAGGUAUUGGAGAAGCGCCAGGUGGAGGCGAAGCGAAAGCAGGCCGUUGAGGAGGCGGCCUUCAUGAAGCUCUUGGCCGUCAACACGGAGCUCUCUGAGGAACAGCAGACGGUCCUCAGAGGCUACGAGACCGACUACGAGCUGGGAGCGAAAGCUGCACUCCGGGCCUUCAUCGAUUACUGCAUACAGAUCGUCAAGUCCGUGCCGCAACAUGGGGUGAACCUCUCUCCUUUGCAGCAGCCCGACGCAACGCCUGCUGCUGCCUUGGAGGCCGUGCGCGACGCUUCGCGGGUCAACGACCAACGCAGAGAUGCCUGGGAUAAGUGGCACCUGGGCUUCAGAGUUUACGGUGCAGGGCUUUGUCUUUGGUGCCUGUAG